AUGUUCGACGACUACGUUGAACAUGUCGCGGCUCCCGGUCGGUCCCAUGCCGCAGUUUCCCUACCUCAGGUCCAAUACGAGGGCUUCGAGCCUUCUCCUUACGCAGAUGAAGAACGUGCGGAAGGCCUUGGUAUUUCUUACCCAGCCGAUGUUACUAUUCCUACUACGCCUCUCUUUGAACUUGGCCGCGUUCAAUACACGCUCCCGGCACCCCUCCUCUCGCUGGCCGUCUCUUCAGACAUACUAUCAAUGGGUCUCGCAAACAAUAUCAUCGUACAGAUUGAACUGUCUCGCUCGGAGCAGGUCGUGAAGAUUGCGCUUCCGUUGAAACCUACUGAAUUCACGAUCCAUAAGCUCUUCCUUGACCCUUCUGGGAGGCAUUUGAUAAUAACAUCUUCGCAAGGGGAGAACUGGUAUCUGUAUCGAGGUUGGAAGAAACCAAAACCGUUGAAAAGCUUCAAAUUGGUGGUUGAGAGCGUGGCAUGGAACAAGGCUGCCCUGCUGUCGUCUUCUCAUUCCACCUCUACGCGGGAGAUACUGAUAGGUACCAAGAAUGGGACAAUAUACGAAGCGAUCAUUGAUGCCGAGGAGGAUUUCUUUAAGUCUCACGAAAGAUAUCUUCAGCCCGUCUACACACUCCCUGAACGGCAGCCUGUGACUGGUCUCAAAUUCGAUUCGUUUCCCCCAUCUGAUCCGAGAAAGACUCUUGUGGUCGUGACUACACCCACACGUAUCUAUCAAUUCGUUGGUAUUCCUGACAGACGCUCCGACGAGGGGGGCCGAGUUUUCAGCGCCCUUUUUGCGAGCUACAGAGAUUCAGCUCCAAAGAUAUCUGAGCUCCCUGGCAAUGUUGAUCAUUCUGAAUUGCACACAUUCAAUGCCAAUGCCGACCAAGCACACUCCCUUCCAAGGUAUCUCGGAUGGAUGACUGGUCCCGGAAUAUAUCAUGGCUCGCUGAAUUUCGAGUCAGGUUCGGAUGAUCUGAUUGAUGGAGCUCAGCUUUUGCCUUAUCCUGCUGUCAUGUCGUCCCCUUCUCCGUCUCCAACGCGCAGGACGCAUGCUCCCAUAAAUUUCCCUUUGUCUAUCGCCCUCACAGAGUUCCAUUUCAUCCUACUAUACCAAGAUCGCGUCGUUGGCGUAUCUAACCUCAAUGAACAUGACUAUGAUUUAUCUCUCCUUGAUGUGUACCAGAAACCAAACGAGGAAGUGCGUGGUAUUACGGCAGAUCCAGUCCGCAAGACAUACUGGGUCUAUACAGACCAGUCUUUGUUCGAGCUCGUGAUCACUAAUGAGCAUCGUGAUGUCUGGAAAAUAUUGCUAGACAAGGGAAAGUAUGAUGCAGCCCUGCAGUAUGCGAAAGUGGCAAGUCAAAGGGAUCACGUCAUGGGAGCACAAGCGCGCGCUUUCUUCGACGAUGGAAGAUAUUUUCAAGCGGCUCAAGCAUACGCUCAAUGUUCGGUCAGCUUUGAAGAAGUGACUUUGAAAUUCCUUGACGCCGGCGAACGGGAUGCACUGAGGUCGUAUCUAGUUUCCAGAUUAGAACGCACGCGGAAAAUCGACUUAUCACAGCGGAUGAUGUUGGCUACAUGGCUGGUUGAAUUCUAUCUCAGCAAGUGUAACGAGCUAGAUGAUCUCAUAGCCUCGGAAUCGGUAUCCCAUGAUGUUGACAAUCUACAAGCCGAGCGCUCGAUUCUGGAGGAUGAUUUGCGCCAAUUUUUUCAGACGUACAAGGCCAACUUGGACCCCAGAACUGUUUACGAGUUGAUUCAUGAUCAUGGACGUACCGAUUUUUACCUUCAUUUUGCGACGGUGAUGGGUGACCUCAAACGGGUUGUCGAGCACUGGAUCAUGGAAGAGGAAUGGUUGAAGGCCAUCGAUUCGGAUCUGGGAUUGUACUAUCGCUUUGGUCCAGUCCUUAUUCGUCACGCACCAAAGGAGACAGUUGAUUCUUGGCUACGGCAACAAUCGCUGGAUCCUCUCAGUCUCGUGCCUGCUCUAUUACAACUGCAACACGUACCGCGAGACCCACUAUCCCCCAAUCAAGCCAUCCGAUAUCUUAACCACGUCAUAUUCGAGCAGGGAAACACAUCGCCUACAAUUCACAAUCUCAUAAUCACUUUCUAUGCUACUUCACCAUCUCAUUCGUCACCCUCUUCUCCGCCCAUCCAUCCAGAAGACGAUGGUCCCCUGUUGCGCUUUCUGUCGUCGGCGCCAUCAGAUCCUCUGACAGGUCGGCCAUAUUAUGACCUUGAUUAUGCCUUGCGUCUCUGCAAGCAGGCAGGCCGGACACAGCCAUGCGUGCACAUCUACUCUAAAAUGGGCCUCUAUGAAUGUAGCGUGGACCUUGCGUUGCAGAAGGGGGAUCUCGAACUGGCCAAGAUUAACGCCGACAUGCCUGAAGAUGACGAUCAGCUGCGGAAAAAACUAUGGCUCAAGAUCGCCAAGUACGUCGUGCAGGAUAAGCAGGACAUAAAGAUGGCCAUGCGUUUCCUCGAGAACACCGACCUCAUUAAAAUUGAGGAUAUUCUGCCGUUCUUCCCAGACUUCGUCGUGAUUGAUGAUUUCAAGGACGAGAUAUGCACUGCACUCGAGGGUUAUUCGGCCCAUAUUGACGUUCUCAAGGCUGAGAUGGACGAGGCGACACGGAACGCUGAAGCCAUCAAGCAGGACAUAGCCGCUCUUCAAAAACGUUUCAUCACGAUAGAUGCCACGGAGAAAUGUUCUGUGUGCAGCAACGCCCUAUUCACGAGGCAAUUCUACGUUUUCCCUUGUCAACAUACAUUCCAUGCCGACUGUCUGAUUGGGUUGACGAAAGAGUAUCUACCUGCCCACGCUCUCCGGCGCAUUCUGGCGCUCCAAAACGAGCUCAUCAAGAGUUCGCAGAAGGGCUCCCUUGAGCGCGGUGCGAUCGCAAAUCCGUCCCUGAUCCCCAGUGCUCCUGCAUCACGACAGGCGAAUACCCAGCGCACUCUGCUGUCAGCUAAUUUCGGCAUAGGUCAAAACGGCCACCGUGCUGCUAAUUCGCUCGGGCGGAACAUUCUGUCGGCUGGAGACCGCCUGCGAGACUUGAUUAUUCCAGACGCUCUGGCGAGCGUGGUCACUGCUCCUGUGGGGUGGAUUCCGGGCAUUGGUGCGGGCGCGAAGAGGGCCGGGGGCGAGAAGGAUGCAGAGAAGAUCGAGAAGAUGCGGAAAGAGCUGGAAGAUGUGCUCUCGGCGAGCUGUCCGCUGUGCGAGAGCGUGGUGGCCGGCUUGGAUAAGCCAUUCGUCCAAGCAGGCGAUGUGGAUGCGAGUUGGGUGUUGUAG